AUGCCGACCACCGAUUCUAGAUCGGCGUUUUUCUCCAUAGAGGAUGCUAAAGCGUCCUUCAAUCUAUUCUGCUGCGUCUGUGGUAUCGGCUCGUUGGCCAUGCCUUCCAACUUUGCCCGCGCUGGUCCAAUUUACGCAUCGAUUGCGUUGGCUUUCAUGGUUUUCGCCAAUACGUACGCCACGCUUAAGUUAUCGAAGGUUAUGCUCGUGUCACCUUCGUCGGUGAGAACGUAUGGCGAUUUGGGCGAGUGGGCUUUGGGCAAAUGGGGACGCUAUCUCACAGUAGUCUCUCAAAUGGGUGUAUGUCUUCUAGUGCCGUGCGCGUUCUUAAUUCUAGGUAGCACAUUGUUAAACGUGCUAUUUCCGGACUCAUUCAGUCAAAUUUUUUGGAUCAUAUUCAUGGCAAUCAUGGUCGUACCGAUGUGUUUGAUUCCAACCUUAAAGGAAAGUUCCAGCAUGGCGUUUGCCGGCUGCAUGGGAACAAUCAUCGCCGACAUCAUUGCUGUUGUUUUGCUGCAAUGGAAUAUGCGUGGCCACGGUCCAAUUCCUACCCCCAGCAUUUCUCUUCAUCAAAUUUUGACGUGCUUUGGCAACCUUGCACUGGCGUACGGAGCUGCAAUUGUUGUUCCUGACCUGCAGCGCGAGCAUUCUCAGCCACAGUGCAUGCCACGUGUGGUGAUGAUAACAAUUUUGUUCAUAUCAGGCUUCUUCGUUACAAUCGGCUUGCUCGGAUACACAGCUGGUGGCUGCCAAUUAUCGGGCAACAUCCUGUACUCCAUCGUGAAUACUGCGAAUCCUCUUGGCGUGGCUCCCUUGGGCUUUACUGCUGACCGCGGUGCUGUGGUGAUGGCAUACCUGUUCAUGCAAAUGCACAUCUCGAUCGCUUUUUCAACUUUAAUGAUGCCUCCAUUCUUCAUGGCGGAACGCCUGAUCCUGGGCAUGCACAAAGGUCCCGAGGUUGUGCGAUUUAAAGGUGAGGCAGAUCAAGCCAGUGUAGAUCAUGACAUGGCCCUUCAAGAAAAGCACUCGUAUUUGCAGAGCUCGACCCCAUUGGAGAUGUCCAACCGCCAGGUAUCUGCCGCUAGUAUGGUCGAAAAGACGGAGGGCCGAAUGUCGCACUUGCGCGUUGCAUUGGAGUUUGGCCACGAAAUAACGCAACAGGAGCUGAACGCUCCAUACCGCGCAAAACCCCUACGAUACAUCGCUCUUCGCAUAUGCAUCAUCGUGAUAUUAGUGCUUGUUGCCGUUCUUGCCCGCCAGCGAUUCCUCGACUUGCAAGACUUCACUGGUGCCACAGCCCAUACGACGAGCUGCUUGGUGCUGCCUGUUGUCAUCUACAUGCGUGUUUGCUGGAAGAAGAUGUCGAUCGCCGACAAGUCCGCAUCGAUAAUUGUAAUCGUAGUGUGUGCCUUUGCAGGAUUCUACGUGAUGAUUCAUGCUGGUGAGCACCUGUUCUCCCCAUCACACGAUGACACCUUGUUCCCAUACUGUGAGGAAGAGUUCAUGGACGAUCCAUACUACGUCCGUAACAUAUAA